AUGGAGAAGCUGAAAUGGACACUCGAUAAGCUCACUGUGCAUCAUGAGCCGGGCCUCACGAAUGCCGAGUUAAUGUUAACGAAUGACGAUUUACAACCAGGGCGAAUUGAGCUAACCGAUGAAUCUUCUUUCUUCAUAGUUGAACCCGAACGUCGUCAAUGGCGCUGGCUGAACUACAUUGCAUUUUGGAUUGCCGACUCAUUGAAUAUUAAUACAUGGAUGAUUUCGUCAUCAAUGAUUGUUGCUGGUCUUUCAUGGUGGCAAGCAUGGAUAUGUGUAUGGAUCGGAUACUUUAUCGCAGCAUGUUUUGUGUGUUUGACCGGUCGCAUCGGCGCUGUCUAUCAUAUUUCGUUUCCAGUCACAGCGCGAGCAUCUUUUGGAAUAUGGGGCUCGCUUUGGCCGGUCAUUAAUCGGGUGGUAAUGGCCAUUAUUUGGUAUGGAGUGCAAGGUUACAUUGGAGGCGAGUGUGUUACUGUGAUGAUCUCAGCAAUCUGGCCCAGUUAUCGAAAUCUCCCCAACACAAUCCCCGCCGGCGCUGGUGUCACUACGCAGGGCUUCGUCAGUUUCUUUCUCUUCUGGCUUGGCUCCCUGCCUGCUUUGUGGUUCCCCGUCCACCAAAUCCGUCAUCUGUUUACCGUCAAGGCAUUUUAUUCCCCAAUUGCUGCGAUCGCCUUCUUUGCUUGGGCAAUCUCCAGGGCCAACGGAAUUGGACCAAUUGUUCACCAACCUGCCACUAUUCAAGGCGGUGCGCUAGGCUGGGAGAUUGUCAAGGGCAUCAUGUCAUGCAUUGGAAACUUCGCAGCUUUGAUCAUGAACGACCCAGAUUUCUCUCGAUUCGCCCGCAAGCCGAAGGAUGCUCUGUGGUCCCAGCUUUUCACAAUCCCUAUCGGCUUUGGAAUCACCUCAUUCAUCGGUAUCAUCGUCUCUUCGUCCGCAUCAGUGAUAUAUGGCCAGGAAGUGUGGAACCCUCUUACCCUUCUAGACAUGUUUUUGAACGAUGCUAGCUCUGGUCAACGCUUUGGAAUUUUCAUUAUCGCCCUUGGAUUCACACUAGCCCAGCUAGGAACAAACAUCAGUGCCAAUUCAGUCUCUGCUGGAACAGAUUUGACAGCUUUAUUACCUCGAUACCUGAACAUUAGACGUGGCAGCUAUAUCUGCGCAGCUAUCAGUCUGGCAAUGUGUCCGUGGAAACUUGUCGCAUCUUCGAACCAAUUCACCACAUACCUUUCAGCCUACUCUCUAUUCCUUUCCGCCAUUGCUGGCCCCAUGAUCGUUGAUUACUAUAUCAUUCGCCGCGGCUACUUAGACAUUAAGGCUCUUUACAGUGCCCGAAAGACAGACCCAUACUACUACAACUAUGGUUUCUCUUGGCGAGCAUAUACUUCUUAUAUCGCUGGUAUUCUGAUGAACAUUGUCGGGUUCGUCGGCCAGGUUGGUCCCGAGGUCCCUGUCGGCGCGCAGUACAUCUACAACAUCAACUACUUCUCCGGCUUCAUCGUCUCGGGAGGCAUGUACUGGAUUCUAUGUACACUCUUCCCAAUCCCUGCGACUAGUGACAAGUGGAUGGAGGUGGAUAUAGAUGAGAUCAACGAAUUCACUGUUGCAUAUGGACAAGAAGUUCCUGAUGAGGAGAACUCGCCUCGCUAUGGAGAUCGACGCUCCAUUUCAGACUCGCUACCUACAGAUGAUCAGAAGAAGUUGAGCGUCGCCUCCAAGGGGGUUUAA